AUGGGAUCACCAUUAGAGGGAUGCGUCUCCUCGUUGAGGAAUAGUAUGCAGCUCCUCGAUUCGUCAAUAAACAUUCUGGACUCCGGUGUGAACGAUUUUCCGCGGCUCUGCAAGGUCCUACAGACCACACGACAUUUCGAAUUGAUAUCAGAGCCCGAUCUACAUGCAGCACAAACCGCUCUCCUGUCCGAGAUCCGACCUGAAGUCGAAAACCUCCUCCAACGUGUUUCCAAUUACCUCGACAAGCUAGAACGGCGCGAACAAUCUUUGAUAGCAAAAUGUGACCUCAAUGAAGGCCGUCUGGGAGGCGAUGCCGCAGGCGAAUCUGCAUUCAGACCAAGCAGCAGAACCAGUCGAGCCAAAACUCCGAGCGGAGAGGGCGGAAGGCGAAUGACGGCUUUGCAAGAAUUGAAGUACAAGAGUAUACGGCAGAAGAAGGAGAGAUUGAGCUAUGCAGUCGAAACGUUAGAGAUGCAGGCGAAGCAGCGGGAACGACAACUCAGGAUGAGCAUGGCGGCACCGCAACAGUUCCUCGACGAUGACGAUGACGAAUAA